AUGUCUACACCAAGCGAGACGACACCUACCAAGAAGCCUGGCCGGUUUGACCCGCCGGUCUGGCGCUUCAACGAAGACCCAAUGCCCAACGUCUCCCAGACUGGUGGAUGCCACUGCGGCGCAGUACGCUUCCGUGUUCAGCACCCAGUCUUGACCAAGCAACCUGGCUUCCACUUUCCCGUAAAGAUGUGCAACUGCAGUAUUUGCGCCCACAACGGCUAUCUGUUAAUCUAUCCGGAGAGAUACGAGCUUGAAUGGAUCAGCGGGGAGGAAGUCCUCGUCGACUACAGGUUUGCGACAGAGAAAAAAGCUCAUCGGUUUUGUGGACGCUGUGGGAGCAGUAUCUGUAUGGACCCUCAGGGAUCUUGGAGUUCAUGGGCUGGCGACGUUGUGGGAUUAAACCGACUGACUCAGGUGCGCAUGCUGGAUGAAUGGGACAUUGCAGACCUCAACUUCCAUGAAAAGGACGGCAAGAACUUUAUACCCAAGUAG